AUGUCGAAACAACGAAUCAUCAGCGAAUCGACAGGAUUAUACAAGUUAUCGAUUGUAAAUAAGCAAAAAGAUCAGGAGAAUGAUUGCGGGAAUGAGGAGACUACCAGCUCAGUAUUAGAGAGUCCCAGAAGGGGACUCCCAAUCUCAUCACCGGUGAGAUCACCUGCAAAAUGCGCUUCUCCGGUUCAGAAUAGCCCUUCCAGAGACACAGUCUCAGUGGAAGCCACUCGUGAAAAGCUGUUUUAUGAACUGGCAUCGAAAAGAAGAAACGUCAUGGAAUUGAAACAGCAAUUGCUUAGAGCAGAGCAAGAGCUGGAAACCUUGGAGCUACAGUGUAAAGAAAUUAACGAACCAGAACGAACCACAGGCUCACCGGAUAAACUUCACAAGCUUGCAUCGCGUUUCCAACAAACCUUGGACGAAGUUAACAGCAACUCAAGGGUCAUCAAAAGCAAGCAGAGCAUUGGGAACUUUUUCCAGUCUAGAAAGAUGGGCAAUGAACAAGAUUUACCGUCUAAUACACAAGAAUCAACAAGCCAAUCUCCUUUUGCGAAUAAAUUUCGAAAUAUGCGAAAUUCGGAUGCCCCUCCUGCAUUUUUCGAUAAACUCAUCAACAAAUGGCAAAGCUUCACAGUGAACGAGGAAGACGAGGACGCAUUUGAUAAAGACCGGCCCACAGACAAAUUUUAUAUCAAGAGUAAGUUAGAUUAUGACGAGGACGAAGAAAUCACCUCUGAAUCUGAUGAUGCUUCCCAGCUGAGUAACCUGGGCGAGGACGCGGUCGUGUCAACAUACAAAAGGGACCACCAGGUCAACAACAUUAUAUAA